GUGCCUGGCUCGAUUCAUCCGCCGAGCAAUCACAACAACUCUCAGACAUGGCAACGCUGUCGUCGCCUUUACGAGUCUGUCGAGGGAUAUUGAGAGAGCUACGUGCCAUCCAGGGACCGAGUUACAAAAAGUCUCUGGCCUACAACUAUGUUCUGGACCAGUUUCGUAAAAAUAAGGUAACAGGAGAAAGGUACUGCCGUGCCCAGCAGGAGGCACACCAUGACUCACACACAUACCUGUGUUUGUUGGCAGCUACCAGGAACCACCUGGCCCUGCACAACCUUUACCAUGGCAAGGGAGAGCGCAGCCCAGAAGAAGUGGCAGGCCUAGUGGGGCUCAGAUUGCCCACUCAGCCAGGAGGUAAAGGCUGGGAGAAGUGAGGGACGAGGGAGGGUACAACAUCUUGAACCUCUCCAGAAAUGACUUUUCUGUGGCUGAUUCAUCAUACAAUUCACCUCAUGCAAAGAAAACUGCAAAGGGAUAAAGAUUUGAUGGGAGUCUGGCAGACUGGAGCCUGUGCCACCAUGGACUGCUUUGAGGGAGCACCUGUUGUGUUGUUCUACACCUGUUCAAGGGGGGAGGGUAUGAUUAUAAUCUAAUCGGAGUGUAUUUGAAGCAACUGUGAAAGUAUUAUAAUUAAAAAUCUGUUGUCGAGCUGUAAAUGUACUCUACCCUUCAGCUUAUCCACACCUGCUCUUAUUUCUGUUUCCUAACUGUUGAAGCAUCUUUUGAAAACCAAAAGAAAUCAUUAAAAAAAAAACUGAGUACAA